AUGGCCAGAGCAACUCCCCUUGUUGACACUCACGCCCACACUGUCGCACGUGCUUCCAUUGCUGGGUGGAUAUCAGGAUUUGGAGUGCCAACCCAUUUAACAUCAGACGGGAAUACUUGCUCAGAAGAUGUGAGACACUGCCAGACGCACGAGUCAAUGCGAUUAUCAGUAAAUCUACUGUUUUACAUGGAAGGGCAUUUUUAUUCUGGCAAUCAGCAUUCACCCCUUGAAGUUUCAUAUGACCCUAAGGCCACAAUUAACUUUUACGGCACGUACAGAAUUACGCCCUAUGACUCUGCUGGGUAUUCGACGUUACCGUACUUCAAGUUACCAUCCUCAAGCCAACGGUCUCGGAGCUCCUUCGAGUCCGACCUUGGCUCCACUUCUGCAGAGCUUGUAUAUGGUACAUCAAUCCGCCUGACGGGGGAAAUACUAUGCAAUUCCUCAGGCUCCAUUACCAGCCCUGCCAAGGAUCAUGCAGCCAAGCUCUGGGCUGUCAUGUCCAAGCUUCGACCUGUUCAACCCCGCCAACCAUCAACCAGGAACUCCUUCGUCAGUCGCGAUCUCCACGACCGUACCCAUGUGUUCGUCCGAGUAGAUUCCAUCCGACGUCCCCUCAGCCACCUCGCGAGGGCCAAACGAAGGUCUUAG